AUGGGUAAAAAACACUCUGUGACUUCCGAAGGACAGCAGAUUUGGCAUCAGCGUGACAGCAUGAAACGAUUGGUGUUAAUUCCAAGAUUAUCGGACAUUUUUCGGAUGACAGAAAAAAAAAAACACUGUGGAACAAGAGAAACUCAAACGUUUAAUCUUCCUUCCACUGACUUGGAAAACGUGGAGAAUGAAAAUAAUUUGUUGCUGCCUGGUUGUGAACCUACUGUUAGCACAAAUACAGAUAAUAAUUUGGAAGAAUCUGCUGCUGUGCCUGACUUGGACCCAGCCAAAUGGAAAAUUAAUUCAAGUUUAAUAGACUAUUUUAUUUUGAAUCAACCAAUUCAAGAUGUUAAAAAAAUAAAUUUUAAUAAAACUGGACGAAUGUGUGGAAAAUAUUUCCGGAAACUGCCUAGUAGUAUCUUUAUAAGAACAUUGCAUAAUGGGCAAAUUACCAAUAGAGAGUGGCUCUUAUACUCUUUAUCAGCUAAUGCAUUAUUUUGUUUCCAGUGCCUUCUUUUUUCUAACAAAAAAAGUAAUCUUGGAAAUUUAAAAUUUGGAUUAAAAAACUGGGGUAAAUGUGAAGAAAAAGUAAAAUGUCAUGAAGAAGGCCAACAACACGGUGAAUCAAUUAGAAUUUGGUUUUCAAGAACACAAAAAACUGCUACUUCAAUUGAUAAAAUGCUACACGAAGAAAUGAAAUCAAAAUCGGAUUAUUGGACUAAUGUUCUCCAUCGAGUUAUUGCAACAAUUACUUUCUUGGCUGAAAGAGGACUACCAUUCCGUGGUAAAAAUAAUGAAUUUGGCUCAGUACAUAAUGGCAAUUAUAUGGGAUGUUUAGAACUUAUAGCUAAAUUUGAUCCUUUUUUGUCGGGACAUAUUUCUAAAUAAUACGGUAACCAAGGG